AUGUCAAAAAAAUGUAACGACUAUAAUUAUGAAACAUGUUUGAGAAUUUUAAACGGUACUGAUAGCAAUUUUGUAUUAGGAAAUGCACAAGUACGCGAGUACCCUAUUGUCUACUGUUCGGAUGGAUUUGUUGAACUUACUGGCUAUAGUCGGGGUCAAAUAAUGUCAAGGUGUUGCUCCUGUAGUUUUCUCUGGGGUGAAAAAACCAAUAUAGACUCUCGACAACGUAUUUCUACAGCACUCCAGGAACAAACUGAGUUGCAAAUUGAACUGAUCUUUCACAAAAAAAAUGGUAGGCUUGUUAAAAUAAAUGGAAAUUUGUAG